AUGCAGUGGUUGGAGUCCAGUCCGGAUGAAAAGGAACGGACCCCGCCUGCAAAGGAAAGAAAUGGAGACGGUAAUUCUCCUGAUCAAAAGGAGUGGAAGACCGUCUCCAAAAAAUGGAAAAAAAAGAAUGGAGAAAGAGGAGGGCGCAGACCCAAGAAAAACUCCAGCGGGUUGCCCACCUCCAGGAAACCCAGAUACCAGCCACGUCGCUGGGACUGUCAGGUGUGGAGCCCUACGGGCUGCUGUGUGAAUAGCUCCGAAGAAAUGGCGCUGAUCCAGCAGGUAAAUCUUGACAGGACCGUGCUCGCUCACGAUCUGCUGGACCAGUUUUUCCGUGCCCGGGGUGUGGAUAUACUCUCUAUAAAUGAGCCAUCCCUCGCGUUACCGGGCCAAGGCUGGUACUGCGACAGGACAAGAGGCGCAGCCAUCCUGAUUCGCAGCGACAAAAUCUCCGUAUCCGAUACUGGAGGUGGCGACGGGUUCGUAUGGAUCAGGUGUGAAAGUGCUUUUUAUGUGAGUUGCUACAUAUCCCCUAACAUUUCGAUUGGUACCUUCGGAGAGCGGCUUUCUGAACUCGAGGAUGCCGUUCGAGUGUGCAGGGAGAGUGGUGAUGUAGUCCUGGCCCGCGACUUUAACUCCAAGGCCGUCGCUUGGGGGGAGCCAAGAACCGACCCCAGAGGACGGGCGGUACUAGAGAUGGCUGCGAGGCUGGAUCUCAUAGUCAUGAACUCUGGUGGUUCAGCAACGUUCAGGCAACCUGGUAACCGGGGAACGAUCAUCGAUCUCAUGCUGGUGUCGUCAGAAAUGGCGGCGCGAGUGUCUGCCUGGCAGGUCCUGGAGGACUACACGGCCAGUUAUCACCAGUAUGGCAGCUCCGUGGCCAUGGUUAGUAUGCCACCUCCAGCCGAUUGGAACAAGAUUACAAAUUCAGAGGAGGCCGAGACACUCGUGAGAGGCACUACGAGACGGGUCAAGGAAUGGUGCGACGCGUGUAUGCCUAAAAGGUCUGCUGAAAAAGGUCGACGUUCGUGCUACUGGUGGACUGAAGACAUCGCUAACUUGCGCAGAGAGGUGAGCAAGAACCGAUGCUGGUGCAAGCUCAUCGCCGAGGUUAAGAAGGACACGUGGGGCCUGGCCUAUGGGAUUGCGUUAAAAAGACUUCGUGGUACGGACCUGACGCUGCCGAUGGAACCUUCCUUUUUGGAGAGGGUGGUCUCUUGCCUAUUUCCGGAGCAUCCCGCUAGGAGGCGAGCGGACACAAGUGUUGGACAAGUGCUCCUCUUUAUGCUCGAUGAAUUAAGGUCGGUGGCAUCGGAGACGCCGGGGCAAAAGGCACCUGGUCCUGACGGGGUGCCGUCCGAAGUCCUCAAAAUCAUAGCUGCGGAGAAGCCACACCUUUUGUUGGACAUUUUGAAUGCGUGCCUGCGCGUUAAAAUGUUCAGCGAGUGGUGGAAGAUCCAAAGGCUUGUUCUUCUGGACAAGGGCAAACCACCCCCCCUGGUCCCGUCGUCAUUCCGACCUUAG